AUGCGAAACAACGUCUGCUACUUGCCCAAUGGCCUCACCUUCAACGUCUCGCCCGUUUUUGGUGGGGUCACCUUCAAGUCCGCCGAUUUCAACGUCCAGCACAACUCCACCUUCCCUCCAGGCUGGACAAUUAUAAUCCAUACGGAGAAGCUUCCUAAGGAAAAAGAACAGAAAGAUGAACCAGACCAGGACAAACCCCGCGAUGAUGAAGACAAUUUCACCCGUUUCACCACCCCCACCUUGACCCGCGACUCCCUCUACAUCUCGUAUAUAGUCAAUCCACCAACAAGCGAUUUCAAACCCGUGACUUCACCCACGCGCCAGAUCGCCAUGAUGCUGUGGGCAACCCUAUGGUGGUACUUCCACGAACCUGAACCAGACCUGCACGUCGAGACCGCCGCAUCAAGCAUGACCCCGCCCAACGGCCGACCAAAAGGUGUCUGGCGCAUAAAUAUCAAGCGCGAAGGAAUCUUCAAAGGCCGGAACCUGCUCCAGAAGCUCGAGCGCAUGGGCCUAAUAGCGACCGAAGACUCCUCCGUCGGUCUCCAGCCCAUGGAAACCCGCGACUCAAGCAGCUGGUCCACGAUGUUCGUAAGCCGACGCAGCUUCUGGCAACUCGACCCACGUCUAUUCCUCUUUACCCUCACUCCAAGUCGAGGCCGUGCCUCGACACCUCCCUACCGGUCGCGGAAUGCAUCGCCCGCGCCCGACUGCGGUCCAGCUGUCGCAACGCCGCCGACUCUAGCGCCCAUGGAAGCAACCUUCCACACGGCGAAUAUGGGUCCGUUCACCUCGGUAGGACCGUUCACGUCUGGUAGCCAUCUACCAACAUACUAUCCGCCUCCACCGAUGCAGUUCACCUCUACGAACGGGGUGCGACACCCUGUGCGCCCGAAACCGCCGCAUCAGGGUGAGGUCUUCUACGUGCGCUACGUGCCAAGUUUGAGUCAGUAUCUCUCGUUCCGCGUGGCGUUUGUGCCAAUGUCGGCGCAGGGGACUGAUAGUCGACCCGGGACGCCUGUUACCGCGUCUGUGACUAGUAUCGCGCAGCAUCUUACUGAGAAUAUCUGCUCUGAUCUGGACACGCUGCACCGGUGGAUGAAUGUGCCUCGGGUGGAGGCGAUGUGGGGUGAAGGCGGAGAGAAGUCUGUACAAGAGAAGUUCCUGUUGGCUAGUCUGACUAGCCGACACAGUUUCCCUGUUAUCGGAUGUUGGGACGGGAAGCCGUUUGGGUAUUUUGAGAUCUACUGGGUCAAGGAAGAUCGGCUGGGACGACUUGUGGACCAUGUGGAUAAUUACGAUCGAGGAAUUCAUUUGCUCGUUGGGGAACAGGAGUUCCGGGGUGCGCAUCGGGUUGCGGUUUGGUUGAGUGCGCUGGUGCACCAUUGCUUCUUGUCGGAUAUGCGAACUGAAUCUGUGGUGCUGGAGCCGCGGGUUGAUAAUAUCAAACUCAUUAAUUACCUCCAAGAAGCAGGCUUCUACAAAGAAGGCGAGGUCAGCUUCCCGCAUAAGCACUCUGCCAUUAUGAGGAUCAAGCGCGAGUACUGGGAAAGCCCGGCUCUAUAGAGCUGUCAUGGCGAUUUGCAUUGAGAUGAUCACGAGUAACGAAACAGCUAGCAUUGCCUGGAUUUUGACAUUUCUUGUUAUUUGACUCGCUUGAAACAUUGCCUUG